AAGUCAAAAUAAGGUUGGCUCCACAGUCUGUUUUGUGGUUUUUAAUUGCUUUUCACUUCUUUUUGAGGGUUUUAACAAGUCAUUAGCUGGCUAUAAAUCUGAGACUGGUUGAACAUAGUCUGAUACAGAGUAAGUUGCUACUUUGCUAAAAAGCUGUUCUUUCUCCUGGUGCAGGCCAAGCACAGCCUUCUGUCCUGGGAAUUUAGGCAUGGUUAUUACUUUAAUUUUGAGCCCAGGCACCAUGGAUGCAGUCUGAAGUGUGUGCUUUGCUGGCCCAAAGCCCAUCACUACUAACUGUUGAGCCACCUCAUACUUCCACACAGUUGCAUUAUCUUGGUAGGUGACUUGAAGCAUGCAGUUCUUAAGGAGGGAAUUGUAUUCAGUGGGAAUCCAACUGAGAAUUGCAUGUUUCAGUUGGUGAUGGUUUCCUUUCCCUUUUCCUACUAAUCCGAUGGUGGAGGGUGCUCAGGUCCUUGGAGGGCUGUGGAGGGGGAGCAACCAACCAACUAUAUUUCUGCAGCAACUGGCUUUUAAAGCAGAUCUGAAGUGCUGUGGGGUGUCAGAUCCCUUUGGAAAGAGGAGGGAGGGGAGUGUGACUGCUCUGUGUCAUGAGAGCUUCGGGGAAACUUGGAGGCUUUUGUAUAUGGGAGAGCAGGGGAGACUGGUGUCAGGCGGAUGGCAGCUGCUAGAAUUUUUUUCUCUUUGGAUUUGGAUACCAGAAUAGAAGGGAGCUGGAAAAGCCUUGCCCAGAACAUUGGAUUUCUUGGUCACAUCAUGCUCUGUGUGUCCCUAAGUCUUUCUCCCUGUGUGUCACCAUAAAACUUGGCAGUGAGCACCCAAAGCACAAACCAAAAUGUAAACAAAUUUGUGUUCCUGGUCACCACUAAGGUAUGUUUAAGGGCUAUUUCUUUCUAGCUUGUCAAAAAAAGGUACAGUUCAGAGAACAGUACAGGUAUGUUGAGAAGAUACCCUCUUUCCCUGCUGCUGUAAGUGGUUCUGGGCUCUUUUGUCUAAAAAGCAGAGAGCACAGUUUGUGACCUUACUGUGGAGGUGGCAAGCAGCAGUGUGCUAGUACCACACAGCUCCACAAGCACCUGGAAGAGGAAGCAGCACCCUAAAGUGAAGAGAUCCCCUGUCUUGUCUGGGAUGUCUUGAGCUGUUUCUGUAACCUCCAUAAGUGUGAAUUCCAGCUCCCUAGUUCCUAGACUGUGAGUGUGGGAGAAACUACUGAGACAUGAUGCUUGAUCUCUUGUACCAGGCUGCUGGGCUUAGAGCUUUGGCACUUAAUGGUUUUGGGCAGCAGAUCCCUGCUUAGUCUGUGAACAGCAGCUUUGGGAGAAAAACAGUCCCUCCACUAGAGCAAACAAAGCAGCUCAUGAUUUGUGUUAACACACUUGUCACUUUGGAUGCUUCCUUAGGUAUAGUUCUGCUGAGGCAUGAGUGCUGUUGUUGCUUUGAGCUGAAGCAGCAGUAAAUUGCCAUUUAUGUGCUGCAUUCAAAAUAUGUUUACCCAGCUACCCUAGAGGGUAUGGCUUGGGCAGCUUAUCGAUCCCUUCGGCCCUAGUGUCAAUUCUGGAAUUAACUUCACUGUUAAUAGGGCCACCAUCAUUAAAGAAAAUAUUUCCAUGCUCAGUUGUAGGUGUUUGGCCUCUUUUACAGUGAAACAAGAUUGCAGUUUGCAGUACCAGCAUACUUUGUCACACUGGUAAGAGUUCAUUCACACUAGCUUGGACAAUGUGGGAUAUGCAAAUCACAAAAGGUGUUUGUUCUUGGGUUUACUGCUUUAAAUGGCCUCUCAGCACUGAGUGAAUGGAAACCCAUACUUGAAUGUCUGCAUGCUGCUCUUUGCUGGGUGUGGAUGAUCACUAAUUCGCCCUGAAGACCAUGGGACCUGCAAGCAUGUGUUACCUUGGAAAAUUAAACCAGCAGCCCCUUGGAGCAACAAGGUCAGCUGGUCAUCAGCCUUUGGCCUCAGCAUCCUACUCCCCUCCCACCAUCCCCUGCUUUCGUCUCAACUCUGCUUGAGCACAGAAGUCCAGUGGGGAAACUGCUUUGGACUAGUUUGGGCUCAAGCAGGACUGCUUGUCCUCUUAAGGAUUUGCAUUUGCAUCCUAAAAGCAGAAGACUGGAGGUGCAAGGGCAGGACAAUGCAUCUUUUUGUAGUGUGUCUCUUCAGUGUCUGGGGUCUGGCUGCCCCUGAGCACUACGUUGUGGAAGACGUCUGCACUGCAAAGCCUCGCGACAUCCCAGUGAACCCCAUCUGCAUCUAUCGCAACCCUGAGAAGAAGCCCCAGGAGGGUGAGGGGCAAGAGCCAGGGAAGGGCAAGCUCCCAGAGUCUACUAACCCCAGGGUCUGGGAGCUGUCGAAGGCCAACUCGCGCUUUGCUGUUGUCUUCUACAAGUACCUGGCUGACUCCAAGGACAAUGGGGAAAACAUCUUCAUGUCACCCCUCAGCAUUUCUACAGCCUUUGCCAUGACCAAGCUCGGAGCUUGUGGUAGCACCCUCCAGCAGCUCAUGGAGGUCUUCCAGUUUGACACCAUUUCAGAAAAGACAUCUGAUCAGAUCCACUUCUUCUUUGCCAAGCUGAACUGCCGGCUUUACAAGAAAGCCAACAAAUCCUCAGAGCUGGUAUCAGCCAACCGUCUCUUUGGGGAGAAAUCUUUGGUCUUUAAUGAGACUUACCAGAACAUUAGUGAAAUAGUUUAUGGAGCAAAACUUUGGCCCUUGAACUUCAAAGAGAAGCCAGAACUUUCCAGGAAGAUCAUUAAUGAGUGGGUGGCUAAUAAGACAGAGAAGCGCAUUACAGAAGUUAUCCCAGAAGGAGGUAUUGAUGAUCUCACUGUCUUGGUCCUGGUCAACACCAUUUAUUUUAAGGGGCACUGGAAAUCACAGUUCCCAGCUCCAAACACAAAACUGGAUUUAUUUCAUAAAGCCAAUGGUGAGACCUGCAAAGUCCCGAUUAUGUACCAAGAGUCCAAAUUCCACCAUGCAUCCAUCCACCAGGACAAAGUCCAGCUGCUGGAGCUGCCUUACAAAGGGGAUGAUAUCACGAUGGUGCUGGUCCUGCCCAAUGCUGGGACACCAUUGGUGGAGGUGGAGCGAGACCUGACAUCGGAGAAGCUGCAGGACUGGAUAGACUCCAUGGCAGAGGUGUCUCUCUCUGCCUACCUCCCGCGUUUCCGGGUCGAGGACAGCUUCAGUGUCAAGGAGAAGCUGAGAAAAAUGGGGCUGGAAGAUCUCUUCAGUCCAGAAAAUGCCAGACUCCCAGGUAUCAUUGCAGAGGGCCGUACAGACUUGUAUGUAUCUGACGCUUUCCACAAAGCCUUCCUUGAGGUGAAUGAAGAAGGCAGCGAGGCAUCAGCUGCCACAGCUGUCACCGUCUCUGGCCGUUCCUUCCCCAUGAACAGAAUAAUCUUCAAUGCAAACAGGCCCUUCCUCCUUUUCAUCCGGGAAGCUGCCCUCAACACUAUUAUCUUCAUGGGCAGAAUAUCUGAUCCUUGCUCCUAAAGGGUCUGUCAGGGCCUUGGUUUUCCCUCCUCUGCCUCAGGAAAAAGGGCAGUAGGGUGCUGCCAAAAAGCCACAGCUGCUCCUAGGGUGGUUGGUCUUACUGUUUGGUGAAAGCUGCAGGGACGGACUGCACCCAGGUGGGCUGUUACUGCUCCUCCUUGCUGUGUCAGGGGAGGGGGCUCACCUGCUCCAUCCUUCAUUCAGACGAAAACAGCAUUUUUUUUCCACACCAGUAUUUUAGUGGCACCCAAGCCAGAGUCCAGCAUUGCUGUCAUUCUUAUAUUCAACCCUCCUCCCUUUCAGGCCUCAAACUGUAACUCUGAUCCCCUGGUUCAUUAAAAAUCUAUAGAUCUGUA